AUGUCUACUUCCACUCAAAACCAGCCAGGCCUUCAGGAUCUCCUGAAAGUCAUAUGUCCAGUUUACAUCACCUUGGAAGAGGCCCGGCUUAUAUGUAAUCAGUUUAAAGGCUCGUUUCGACCCAAUCGACAGGUUUUGUGGAGCGGCAUGGAGCGACAAGCGGCACAGAAAUGGGCGAAUGCACAUGACUAUCAGACCCUGACAACGGCCAUGGGAUCUCUGAGAACGUUGGAAACUUCAAAGAAAAGAAAAAAAAGAAGCAAGUUCAUGAAGGGCGUAUCGGCUAUAUUUUCGUGGUUUAUAUCUCAAGGCGACUGGGUGGGAAUACUACUACCACUACCUCCGCAGCAAUUCCAUCCCUCCGGCUCGACCAGCCUGCAGGACUUGGAGAUUCCCAUUGUGAAAGGACUUCUCAGGGGCGGGUGUGUCCAGAGAAUUGGCGUGUUCCAUCCUGAAGCAGCAACUAUCACGGCGAAGAGUUCGUCGCACCAGCUUUGGCCGAAUGAUGAGACCAGGUCGUGGAUUGAACGUUUCGGAGCCGCCACCAAAGCUCGUUUCUGGAGGGCUGUGAAGAGACCUAGGCCCGGCAUUGGUAUGAUGAAUAACUUUUCAAACGGGGAGCCCCCUGAUGUCAGCGCUGAUGGAAUGUUCAAGAAUCCCUUGGCCAGACCUUGCGACGGCUGCAUCAGUGUUCUGGCGACAUGGCAUUGA